ACUCCAAAAAGCUCUCACUCACGCUCACACCUCACACACACUCUUUCUCUCUCUUCCAUUUUCCCUUUCUCUCUCUUCUGUUGCCAUUUCCCAUUCAUUAUGCAGUAAUCAUAAUAAUAGCACCAUCCAUCAAUGGCGGUUCCGCUGCAUUCCUAGUUACUCUCUUUUCCGCUAUUUCAUUACUUGCCUUUCUUGAUAGUUGCCUUCCGUUACAACAAUGGAGUUGGAGCAUCCCACCGCCGCGCCUCUCAACUCCGCCAUGACCUUCGACGAAGCCUCCAUGGAGCGCAGCAAGAGCUUCGUCAACGCCUUGCAGGAACUUAAGAACCUAAGGCCUCAACUUUAUUCUGCUGCAGAAUACUGUGAAAAAUCUUAUCUCCAUAGUGAACAGAAACAAAUGGUACUUGACAACCUGAAAGAUUAUGCUGUAAGAGCCCUUGUCAAUGCUGUUGAUCAUCUAGGGACAGUCGCAUUCAAGUUAACAGACCUUCUUGAGCAGCAAACAUUGGAUGUCUCAACUAUGGAUUUGAAGGUUGCUACCCUGAAUCAGAAACUUCUUACAUGCCAAAUUUACACUGAUAAAGAAGGUCUACGGCAGCAGCAAUUGUUGGCUUUCAUUCCCAGACAUCAUAAGCACUACAUUUUGCCAAAUUCUGUCAAUAAAAAGGUGCAUUUCAGUCCACACAUACAGAUUGAUGCAAGACAGAAUCCAUUUCAAACCAGAAACCGUUUUCAAUCUUCAGGUACUCCUGCGGCAAAAACUCUUUCAUGGCAUUUAGCAUCAGAGACAAAGUCUACCUUGAAAGGGUCAGCACAUGCUUCCCCAAACAUUGAGAAUCCAAAGUUUUCUGCCAAGGCCUCUGGUGUUUUCCAUCUUUUAGAUAAUGAAGAGAGCACCUGGAUGAAAUCCUCACCAGCACAAAUUCACUUUCCAAAUGGAGUUCCUACUUCUAGUACACCCAUGCACACUUUGGGUAGUACACGCAAGGAUGCAUUGGAGGGUUCCAGACCACUGACGGCAUACAGGUCAUUUGACAACCCAAAUCGGCGUGAGAAUGUCCAAAUCCCUACUCGAAGCAAAAGUGUGCUAUCAGCUUUCUUUGUGAAGCAGAAAGCACCCAAGUUGAAGGCUGGUUCUUUCUCAUGAAUACCUCUAAAGGCAUCCUCUCCCCUAUGCAAAAUUUCAGAAUUAAUUAGUCUCUGAUUCAAGCCUUUGAAUAAUGAUCCUGCGAGUAGCCGGCAUUGAUAAUGGUCGGAUCUUGGUCUUCUACUCGCGAUAUCUUAAUCUUGUGAAUUGGGAUUUGUAGUGUUCAGCACCCGUAAAAUGUAUAUUUGUGGUAUACUAUGCAAAAAAAAAAAAUGAAAAAAAAAAAUAGAAAAUUCCAUUAAUUUUCUUGUCCUUGGAGUUUUGAUGUGUCGCCAAAAUUUCCAAGACGUGGUCUUAUUCUGAUACCUACGCUCUACUCUUUACUAGUAAAAAAAAAUAGCAUCAAGCCAUUCGGAGGACAGAAAUUACUUUUUUAAGGGUGGGAAUGGGUUUCCUAAAAGUUUCUGCCCUGUUUACAUACUCGUUUAUUGAAUAAGUCACAAAUUGUAUUUGUAUUUUUACUUUCGAAUUUAAGUAUGUAUCAGUCAACUUUAUUGUCUCAA